AUGGAGACAGGCAUGCAAUGGUUAGAUGCUUCCAACCAGGAAACUGCCAAUGUGAAGCUUAAAAUACUUGUGUUCGCCGGGACCGCGGCACCCAACGGAGACGGAGGGCGGCGCGGCGCCCUCCGAGCGAGCAGAAACGGCUUCUUCCCGGGCGGGAACGCCGAGGGCGGCGGCGCCCAAAGGAGCCUGCCAGCUAUUGAGAGCUGUUUCAGUACUGCAAGUGCUGGUCGACAAUUUCAGAAUUGGACGGUGAAAGCUGAACAAGCCAAGAAGGCUGAAUUUAUAAGAACAUCAGAAAAACUAAAAACCCAGCUUGCAACUAUAGAAAAAGACAAAAACGGACAUCUUUAUAACAAGAAGAGUGAUUUCAGGGUAGAAUACAGCAUACUAGAAGAACUGGAGCAUAAAAUGACUGUCAGUAGGAAAUCUGAGAAAACUAAAAUCCUACAGAAGUUAUCAACAAUACAUAAUAAUGUGAAGAGACUUCAGCGACAAUUAAAAGAUGUGAAGCCUACACCAGAAUUUGUUGAGAAGCUCAGGGAAAUGAUGGAAGAAGUUGAAAAUGCAAUCAAUGCUUUUAAAGAGGAACAGAGACAAAUGUAUGAACAGCUUUUGAAGGAGGAAAAAACUGCCAUUAAUGAACUCAGUAUCUUUGAGAAGAAGGUGGAACUGUGGGUGUUAGGUAACUCAACAACCGAAAAGGUUUUGAGAUUACCAUCAGCUAAAGUCUCAGUUGAUAAAACACUGCAAAAUCAUCUUCCUGAAGAAGUAGUAGAGUUUGAAAGAUUCCUUCACCGAACAGGAGGACGGCAAGGAGGCUGGGAUGAUUAUGAUCAUCAACUUUUUCUGAAAGUAUGGACAAAACACAAAGGAGGGGCAUCCUACAUGGAUGAAGCCCUUGAAUGUCUCUCUGGAAGGACAAAGGAAGAUGUUGAGCAGCAUGAUAAAUGGUAUCAAGAAUUUCUAGUUUUACAAGAAAGAAAAAAGGAGUCAAUAAAGAAGUGGAAAGAAAAGCAGCAUCAAGAAAAAGAAAAAGCAGAAGAAGAAAGGAAAAGACAACAAGCAGCAAUUAAAGCAUGGAAAAAAGAGAAAGCAGUAGCUUUUGCAAUGGAACAAGCAUCACAACUAAAACUACAAGAAGAGAAGGAGAAAAAGCAGCAGAGAGAACAGCAGCGCCAAUGCCAUGUUAAGUUACUGUUAGAAAAGUAUACCUUCUUAAAGAAAGAAAAGGAGGAACUGGAAAAGCGUGAGAAGGAGAGAAGGGAGGAAGCUGAAAGACAGGAAAGGAAGAAAAUUGCUGCAGAAGAAAUUCCUAAGUUUCAAGAGCGGGAUCUGCGCAAACUUGAAUUAAAGAUUCAUGAAAAGCAAGCCAAAGAAGAGGAAAAACGGGAAAAAGAAAAGAGAUUGGCAAAGUUAAAAGAGAAGGUUGGAAUCCAUGCAGCCAGAGAUCCCUCCAGGCUCUACAGACCCACCAAGGGCUGGGAGGAGCGCACAAAAGACAUUGGGCCAACCGGUUCAGAACCUCUUCUCCGUAUUCCUCACAGAGCUGUCCCAACCUGGAGACAAGGCUUGUAG